AUGCCACCAUCUGCUCGUUUCGACCAUAUUCAUAUUGACCUGGUCGGACCACUCCCAUCUUCACAAGGUUUCACGUACCUACUCACCUGUGUUGAUCGCUUCACUAGAUGGCCGGAAGCCAUUCCUCUCCAUGAUUGCACCGCGGAAACCGUCGCAUUAAAUCUGGUCUCUGGUUGGAUUGCCAGAUUUGGUACGCCGUCAACUAUCACGACAGAUCGUGGUCGACAGUUUGAAUCUGUUCUCUUUCAGUCAAUAUGCAGUCUUCUUGGCUCUAACCGCAUUCGUACGACAGCAUAUCAUCCACAGAGCAAUGGCACUGUGGAACGUUUCCACCGCCAGCUUAAAUCUGCUCUGACCGCUACCCAAUCAGCCAACUGGUUUCACCGUUUGCCGCUCGUUCUCCUCGGUAUUCGCUCCGCUUUACGCACCGAUCUAGAUUGCAGUGUUGCCGAGCUGGUUUAUGGUACAACCCUCCGUUUGCCUGGUGAAUUCUUCACAUCUUCAUCUGAGUCUCUUCCGUCAGCUGCUCCGUAUGCCAUUGCCCUACGGACCAUGAUGCGUGACAUCCGCCCUGUCGAGCCGCGAGAUGCUCCUGCUACUCGAGCUACUCACGUUGCCCCUGCUCUUCAGUCCGCCACCCAUGUCUUCAUUCGUACCGAUGCUGUGAAGAAACCACUGCAACCCCCAUAUACUGGCCCACACCCAGUCAUCAGUCGUGCUGAAAAACACUUUGUGGUUAAUGUCAAUGGUCGACGGGAUACCAUCUCGCUUGAUCGGCUGAAGCCAGCUCAUAUGCCUUCGCCAUCAACUGUGUCCCCUCCACCUGUUCCUGUUCAGUCGCUUCAUGCCCAGCGACCUCCUCACCCUAUCCGGUACGUACACUUUGAAGCUCAUUGA